AUGGCCAUGGCCACUACUUACACCACAGUAUUAAUGGGUCCCGGGCUUCGUGGUUGUGAAGCACGGAUCCUCAUGGAUCCUCAGUGUUUCUGUGUUGGGUCACCAUGGAGCUGGGCUGGCUGCGUCCUCUCCGGCUUGCGCAAGCGUCGACGGCCGCCUCUAGCUGCCGCCCGGAGCACGAGCCUCGGGCAGAGAGAGAAAGAGAGAGAGGGAGAGAGAGAGGGAGGGCGGAUGUGCGGCGGUCGCCGCGUCCCAGCGCAAUCCCCCUCUCCGACUCCAUGGCUUGGCUUGGGCUCAUUUCUUGGAAUUAUUGGAUCGAAUUUGAUUGAAAAUAAAAAGCAAAUGCUGGUGGCAUCCAUAGUGUUCAUCAGCUUUGGAGUCCUGGCUGCUUUCUGCUGCGCCAUUGUUGAUGGCGUCUUUGCUGCCAGACACAUUGAUCUUAGGCCACUGUAUGCAGGACGAUGCCACUACUUUUCAAAAAGCACAGCCCCACCAGAGGCAGUCUGCCCUCUCCAGCAGCGUGGCCCCUGCACACCUAAGAUCAGGACCAACACCUGUUUCUGUUGUGACUUGUAUAAUUGUGGAAGAGUGGAGAUUUCUGGUGGCUACUAUGAAUACAUUGAUGUCAGCAGCUGUCAAGACAUCAUCCAUCUUUACCAUUUGCUGUGGUCAGCAACCAUAUUGAACAUCAUCGGCUUAUUUCUAGGGAUCAUCACAGCUGCAAUCCUUGCUGGCUUUAAAGAUAUGACUCCCUCGCUUCCUGCUCUUAACUGUACAGUUGAAAAUGCUCGGCCCACAGUAUCCUAUUACUCGAGACCCCAGGUGACUUCGUAUAAUACAUAUUAUCACAGCACUCCGCAUCUGCCACCAUACUCGGCGUAUGACUUCCAGCACUCAUGCCUGCUCCCUCUCAAUGACCCACCAUCGUUAUCGCCAUCUCCGAGUUAUGUGUGGUCUCCCACGGCACCUCCUCGCUACUCCCCACCGUAUUUCCCGCCCUUUGAAAAGCCGCCUCCUUACACACCAUGAAGGGAAUCGGAGCGCUGCCACUAGAACUCUUGGUGAAUGUUUUUGUACCAGGGAGGGGAGAGCACAGACCAUGACACUGCAUACAUAGAAAUACAAAACAGGGGGACUUGACGGCACUUUCUCUUGGUAGGUUGUGCCUGGGAGAGACACUGGUGCGAUUUAAUGGCAGUGAAAAGUAGAGCUCCUGCAUCAGGCACCUGCUUUUUAUUCAUUUAUUUUAACAAUGCGGAUAAUGGCCGCUCUUGACUCUUAAGAAAGAUGCUGUUUGGGGGACUUGGUUUGAAAAAAAUGAAGAUAAGGACCUACAGUUGACUUAGGUCGCUUGGCACUUUUGAAAGGUGCUUAUUAAGUGUGUUCUUGAUUCCCUUUGUCCUUUUUGCCAAAAGGUGUACAAAGCCUGAAGGUAGAACACCUGCCAGUUUACCUAGAAGUUAAUUGGCCACAUCAGUUAAAGGAAGAGCCAAAGAAUCUAGGGUGUAUAAAAGAAGUGCUUUGGACUGCUGCGAGAGAAGAAUGUUCUACAAUAUAUGCGGCCUUAGAUGUACACACUGAAAAUGGGCCUUAGAAAGGGGACUGCUGAAGGGUGGGGUUGUCUGUAAGAGGCAUCGGCCUGGUUUUCUGCAGUGCCACUACAGUGGUGUACAGUGUGCCAACAGUACUAUACUGACACACCCAGGAUGCAUCCACACGCCAUUAGCUAUUGCACUACCAUUGCACUAUAGCAGUCAUUCACACUUGAAUUUUCCUGUGUGGAGAAAGCAAUCCAGUUACUAGUGAUUGUUCUACCACCACAUUCAACUGUGUGUGGCUACAGCCCAGCAAGUAGUAAAGCAUAGUUGAGAACAAAGGCUGCUUUAUGCAUAACAUUUGAUUUAUGCCACAUGUUAUGUAACCUUUAUUCUCCUAAGUAGGUUUUCCAGUAUAUCAAAAGAUAACAGGUGUUAUACCAAAAACUUUCUGUCCCCCUCAACAGUAUCUGAAAUAUCAGGCACCACAGUGGAAGCUGACACAUGAUGUUCAUUAAAUCGUUCCUAGAUUUAACCAUUGUGAGUCUCUCAGGAAGCAGGGUUCAAAAACAGAGUUCCAUUGUCUUCAGAAGCGUGCAGCUUGACCUAAACUUCAUGCAUGCAUGCAUGCAUUCUUCAGAAUGUGAUCGGCUUUAUACUGUAUACUAUUGAGUCCUCUGCUAGUGUAGUUCCUUGGCAGCUGAAGUCUUCCAGUUGACACCUCCACUGAACACUGUAAUAUUUAAUGGGACACAUGGUGAAGAGCCAUGAUCACUUAUGGUUUCUAGGCAGAAGUCCACCAUAGGAUCAAUCCUAAACAAGUUCACUCAGAAGUCCCAUUUUAUUCUAUGGGUGGGGGGCUUUCCCCAGGAAGGUGAUUUUAGGAUUGCAGCCCAUGCCUCUUCUUCUGUCCACAGAAAUAGUCCACUGGGAAAGCAGAACUGGACCAAUGGCAAACUUGGCUACCGCCUUGUGAGAAGCAGCAAGCAGCCCCUUCUAUGUCUGGGUGGCUUUCAAGGGCUGGUUGGAUUUUAAGGCCAACUUAGGAACAAAUUACCUAAGUAAUCGUGUCUUAAGGAUGCUGGCUCCUGCUUCACUGAUCAUAUUUUUUAAAUCAUAGAUUUUUUACUGCUCAUGCACAGACAAUUUUUUG